UCCGACCCGCACUCGCUAUCUCGCUUCGCAUCACCCGGGCAUCUUGCGGCGCAAUGGCUGCUGAACCGGUCAACAAGCGGCUCAUGCUGUUCACUGUCCCUCCCGGCGAGGGACACAGCACCUGGGACCUCGACCUCGAGUUUGACGACGCGGCAACCGGCUGGGCCUGGUGCCGGACCAAACCAACGUGGAUCGAGCCGGUCGAGUUCUACUCGCUCCAAAACCUCCCUGACCAGUCGAUCCACCUGCUCGUCUUCCGCUCGCGGCCCGGGUACUACGUCUGCAUCUACCCGGCCUCGUCGCGCGGCGCGUUGUGUCACCUGCGCAAGGGCGCAGCACCGAAGGCACUGUCCUGCUGCGUGAGGGCGGCGAGCACGACUGAGGAUGCAGUCGGCGCCGUGGUCGUCACCAGCGCAAGUACCCAGGCUUCGAUGCUCGAGCUCGUCGACACGGCCGUCGCAGUCGCGCGGGAGUGGGCCAACGACGGCGCAGUGCAGCCCUUCACGUUGCCGCCUCCUGGCCCACUGGACGGCGUAGGCUUCUGCACGUGGACUAGCCUCGGCGAGGGCAAGCGGCCAACCAUGGCCAACGUCUCAGCGCUCCUCGACGACCUCGUCCGGCACGACAUCCCGAUUCAGAGCUUCAUCAUCGACGACGGCUGGGAGAACCAGCGCACAUUCAUUCGUGUGCCAGCCGGCGAGGGCACCGAGGAGAACGAGGGCCGCGGGCUGUGGGACUUUGGCUCACACCCCGAUCUCGGCGAGGGCGGCCUCGCGGCCAUGGUCGGGAUGAUCAAGACAAAGCUGGCCGCCGUCGACGGGGUCGGGGCAACCGAGGUCGGCGUAUGGAUGACACUCCUCGGCGGUUAUUGGGAAGGCAUCCACCCCGACUCGCCCCUCGUACACAAGUACAAGUGCCGCCCGCAUCGCUGCUCCCGUCACUGGUGGCCGGGCGUUGCCAACGACCCGUGGUCGGUCGACCACUUUCCCGGCGGCUCGGUCGACGUCUGGUUUCCGCCGCCCGAGACGGCCGACAACUUCUGGCGCGACUACUUCACCGAGCUCAAAACCCAGGGCAUCACGUUCAUCAAGGUCGACAACCAAGCACUUGCCAGUGCGCUGGACGGUCCCGCCAACACUUUGGCGGGCAUGUCCAUCUGGCGCUCACUUGUCUCGGCCGCCAAUGAAGUCUUUGGACCGGGCCGAAUCAUCCACUGUAUGGCGCAAUCGGAGAACACGUUCGGCGGCGAACAAGGACUCGGCCUGGCUACCGGGGGACAGCGAUUCGUGUGCCGGUCUUCAGACGACUUUGGCAUGAUCGGCAAUCCGGACGCGCACCAGCUACACAUCCUUGCCAACAUCCUCAACGCAACGCUGCUAGCUGAGCUGUGUCACAUCCCCGACGCCGACAUGUUCAUGACGACCAAGCUUGCGCCGAUUGCUCAUGCCCUCCUGCGCGCCCUAUUCCCCGGCCCGCUUCUCCUCACCGACAAACCCGGCCACCACGACACGCACCUACUCUGGCGACUGAUCGGGAAAGACAAGACUGGCACCGCCCGGGUAGUGCGAACGGAGCGGCCGGUUCGUCCUCUUGCACGCCGCCUCCUUGACAUGUCGGUGCGCGACCACGGCAACGGUACCGGUCUCUGGGGGUCUGUCGGCACCGAACUUGGGACCAUACUUGCCGUGUGGAACGUCCGCGGCAACGAGCACAAGCAGCUCUUUGUCGCAGAUAAGAUUGAAACAGAGGACGUCCUCGACGCGGUUGGAGAUCCCCGGGCGGAGGACUACGCCAUUGUUCGCCUCAACCUUCAGCACGGAGGGGUGACUGCCGGUGCAGUGAUCCAGCUCAAUGAGCAGGAAUCCAUCGCGCACGUCACUCUACCCUAUCUCAGCGCGGCAAUGUUCUGGCUCGUCCCGUUAAGCCACCAGGCUUUCGGUAGCGUCGCCGUCCUUGGCCUGGUCGACAAGUUUGCCGGCCUGACGGCGGCCACCAACGUCGAGUACUCAGACACCUCCAUCACCCUCGACCUUCGGUACAGCGGUGUCCUUGGGCUGGGCAUCACCAACCUGAGCAGGGCCACCUCGCUUGUCGCCACCGUCGAUGGUGAACGAGUGCCAGUUCGCCGUCGGGUUCUGCCUCACCUGGCCAACGGCGGUGAGCUUGAGGUCCUCGACAUUACCGUCGGCGCAGGCACCGACAGUGCUGCUACCACCAAGGCCCCCGACCUCAUCGCAGGCGAGGUCUGGAAGGUUGUGUUCACGUUUACGCGGCGACAACAAUGAGCUCGGCGCCGUCAACCGCCGACGCCGAUCUCCGUCAACAUCUCCGGUCGCGUGGCCCAAUGGCAAGGCGUAUGACUACGACCUCGAAGAGGAGUAAAUCAUGAGAUUGCGGGUUCGAUCCCCGUCGUGGCCUACGCCGACGCCGAGAGACCCUCGGCGUCGGAGCACAUCCCGGGCGUGUAGCUCAGUUGGUAGAGCGUGUCAUUAGCACGAGCGCCGCCUCUAGGCGGUUGAUACCUACUUGACAAGGUCUUUGGUUCGAUUCCUAACUCGUCCAGCUUUUGCCAGGCAUGCACAGAUGCAUGCUGAAGUCUUUUGCAACCUCUGUGCGGAGUGUUGGAGCUGGUUGGUCGACAGAGACGGGGUCGCUAUCAGGG